UUUACCACCCCAACAUCGUUCAGUGAUCAUCACUCGAUCUGGGCAAGCGUAACCCUGCGUCCUUUUCGUUUGGUCGUAUACUGGCUUGAACCAUGCGGGCUGUGCGCUAUUUCUUGGUCCUGUUACUUAUUUGCUUGGCCAUAAUAUCGGUUCGCGCUGACGCCGAGGAUGAGUUUGAGGACGACGAGGACGUGGUAGAGUCGCGACCAACUCCCGGAACUGGUCGCUAUCAGACUGUUCUUGGAAACGAAACGCCGAAAUCCGAUGGGAAAAAGUCCAUUCAGUGGAGUCAGCUCAACUUCUGGGAUUUUCAGGUCGAAGCCCUCAUUCUUGGCGGACUUGUUCUUUAUGUUAUAUCAUACUUAUAUGGCAGAAGAAGAAAUAACCAGAUUGCGCGCAAUUGGAUGAGAAUAACACUGCCCAUCUGGGAAAGAAACUUUGCGCAAGUUGGAGACGAAGGAGGUCACAAGCUCAUUCGUGAUGGUCCUCGCGACUACAUUUUCUAUGCCACUGGAAGAGCACAUGUAAAACAUGUGUACGGCAGUCUUCAUCUUGCAGGCAGGUACGAUAUUCUGCAGUUGAUUCUGGAUUACCUGCAACCUCAACAGGCGUAUGACAAAAUGACCUUUACUGUUACUUUGAAUGAAAAAGAGUCAGAUCCAACAGUGUUUGCCAUCCUUCACAAGAAUCUAGCGAACUCUGUCAUCAAGGAACGAUGGGAUUUGAGCGAGUUUUCCAAGCGCCGUGAUGUUGGAAUUCGUCAGCCACCGGCCCCGAAAGAAUAUACUAUUAUGGCUGACACUGGCGAGUUUGUUACUAAUCUCUGGGACGAGGAGCGCAUACGAGAAAAGCUAUGGGGUUCGCUUGGGCUAGAUCAGAAUGGGAAAGGGGAACAAUUGCAGCCGCCAAUGCUUGAGCAGAUUAUUUUGACCGACUUGCCCAAAACGAAGCCAACUAAACCGGAAGAGUUGCGCGAGGCGCCAAAGACUUUGACGUUUGUUCUACGUCUACCCAAUCUGGCAAACCUGAAUGCUAAGCAUCGGGAUGCUAUCACGAGUGUAACUGAAUUGCUUAUCGACAUGGUGGAUUACAUUGGUCAAUUUGGAAGUGUCACUGCUGAGGCCAAGGCGAAGUUGGUAAGACUGCGCCAAGCUGCCGAGCAAGUUAUCCUCAGAUCGCAAGAGGACGAGCGGAAAAUGACGCUAGCGCAGAAGAAAAUUCAGGAGAAGAAGGAGAGAGACGAGCAAGCAGCGAAACUUAGUCCCGAGGCGCAAAGAAAAUAUGAAGAGCGAGAGCGUAAGAAGCAGGCGAAGAAAGCCCAAAGCAAGCGGAUGAAAAAGGGGAAGGUCAUAAUGGGUUGACAUCGAUGCAUUUCUAUACCCUUACGGAUGCUGUCUCUAUAAUAUACAUCUAAUCAAAAGGUUUCAGCUGCCGUGGACAUCUGAG